AUGCUAGAAUUCCCAGUUGACCUCUUAUUCUACAAUUUCGUCAUGCCCUUGGUGAUCCAAUCAGUGAAGCCCUCGGAUGGACUGCAUGAAUUGUAUAAUUGGUGGUUCCACCAGUGUGCCCAUUUCCUUCGCCUCAGCAACUUCUUCUUCCCGGAUAGACACCCCGAGGAAGAAGGACGCCAUGUUCAUCGAACUUGGUGGAGUCUGUUCUCCAGACGCAAGGGUGAUUGGGAGAAUCCUGUGAUCGGUCCACUCCAACAGGCUGCAGCAGAAAAGGAAGAACGUGACGUAUAUUUCUUACGAGACGGCAGGUACGUCCGAGCGCCUGCCUCAGAUCAAGUCCGCAUUCCAAAAGGAACACAGGUCUUCUUAGAGGUCACAGAGGAUAAUGUCCGUGUCGAUGGGAAAUCUGACCCCGAGGAUGGGUUGCAUGGUCGCUCAAGCAACAUGUUUGCAAAGAUCUACGUCCCCCCUUCCUUCCGCCUACGGAUCGCUAGUUUCAUUCUCCUUAUAUGGUUGUUCGCUGCCACGACAGGAGUAGGCAGCACCAUUAUCCCGCUGGUUGUUGGGCGCAAGAUGAUAUGGAUAUUCUUCUCUAGUCCAGGCCCAGUCAAUGACAUCUAUGCGUUCUCCACUGGGCUGUGUGUUGUCGGUGGAGUCGGUUAUCUAGCAUAUUAUUGCCGUGCAGCUGUGAAGGCCAUGCAAGAUAACUCAUGGGAGUGCCUGCAAUCUCCUAGUCAGUUUGGCCGCUCCAGCGUUGAUCUUGCAAUUGAUGCUGGCCGCCUCCUCUACGUGUCUGUUGUUUUGGUCGUUCUGAUCCCAACCCUUUUCGCCCUCCUAACUGAGCUCUAUGUCCUGAUCCCUGUGCAUACCUCUCUUGGAGACGGCCAAUCGCACAUUGUUCAUAUUGUCCAAGAUUGGACACUGGGCGUACUGUACGUCCAAAUGGCAAUUAAAUUAACUUUGUGGCACCCUCGGUCUUGGGCCGCCGCCGUCUUGAACGGUAUCUUCCGAGAUGGCUGGCUUCGGCCCAAUGUGCAUCUCGCUACUCGAGCCUUGGUGCUACCUCUUUUACUCUUCACAGCCUCAGCCGUCAUUGUACCGCUAUCACUUGGCGGGGUUUUGCGAUACACCAUUCUGUACUGGAUCAAGGCUCAUGAAUACAUCUAUCGCUAUGCGUAUCCUGUCACGUUACUACUUGUUCUGGCCGCGUGGACCAUCCACCUCGUGCUACGUCGAGUAGCGAUCUGGCGCAUCAACAUCAGAGAUGAUGUGUACCUCAUCGGUGAACGACUACAUAACUUCAGUGAGAAACGGGCGCGAGAUGUUGGGGUCUCACGAAGGGUGAUCACCGGUUGA